AUGGGUAAUAAUUGCACUGGUUAAUGUGCAGGGUGUUACAAAAGGGAUAUUGAAAUAUUAAAAAGCGAGUAGCAUUAAAUAUUAUCAGAAAAACCUUAUGAAACUUUAAGCAGAAAAAGUUCUAAAAAUGUUUUAUAAGAUGCUAUCCCUUUGGGCAGCAUAUAUGAGAUCAAUAUUAAACCCAUCACUAAAAGUGUUGUAGAUAUUGUUGGAGACAAAUCAAGAAAAACAAAGGCUGUUAUUAAAAUUUAAUCUUAUUGGAAGGGGUAUUUAGUUAGGAAAAAACUUCCUUAUAGAAUCAAUAUCAAAACUAGCGUUGAAACUGAAGGAAGUAGAACAACUGGCAGUUACUUUGAAAGGUUAUGCAAUGAAUCAAAUUUAAAAAAACUAGCCAAAAUGUACAUUGGAUAAUGGCUGGGUAAAGAGAGACAUGGAAAAGGAAUACAGACUUGGUCAGAUGGAGCCCUAUAUGAUGGUGAAUGGUAACAUAAUAAGGCUUAUGGUAAAGGAAUAUUUCGACAUGCUGAUAAAAUUGAAUAUGAAGGAGAAUGGAAAUAAAGCAAAGCCUGUGGUUUUGGUAUAAUGAGAUCCCAGAAUGGAGCUUAUUAUGAAGGAGAAUGGGAAGAUGAUCUAUAGCAUGGGUAUGGUAAAGAAUAGUGGGCGGAUGGUUCUAUGUAUGAAGGUCAAUACUAUAAGGGUUUAAAGCAUGGAAAAGGCAAAUAUGUUUGGAAGGAUAAAAGUUAUUAUGAAGGAGAGUGGCAGAAUAAUAAAAUUCAUGGAUUGGGAGCUUAUCAUUGGAUUGAUGGAAGAGGUUACAUAGGAGAAUGGAAGAAUGGAAUGAUGAAUGGACAUGGAGAAUAUAGCUGGAGUGAUGGAAGAAAGUAUGUUGGAGAAUACCUAAAUGAUUAAAAGCAUGGAUAUGGAGAAUACAAGUGGAUAGAUGGUAAGGAGUUUAGAGGAAUGUGGGAGAAGGGUGUUUAGCAUGGAGAAGGGGUUUAUGUGACAAUUGAUGGUAGAACUAAAAGAGGAAUGUGGUCGGAAGGCAAGUUAGUUUAAUGGAUGAAAUGA